UCAGCUCGUGGAAAGCGAAGAAACCAACCAGCCACUCUUCCCGCAUCGACGAUGCCAACGUCUGUUCAAGUCGGGGCUCUCGCCUUCAUCAGACCGGCCCACGCGAGUCACCUAACCGAUUUUCAGUACGUCGAAGUCGUCAGCCUCAACGACACCACGGCUGAAGUGAAGAUCACUGGCCCCGACUCGAACAACGAC